AUGGUGGCAAAGGGUGGAGGACAGCAACUUCAGCGACAGUGGUGGCGGCGGACAACGGCUCCGACGACAGGUUUAGCAGCGGCUCCGUGGAAGAACUUGGGCGUUGUUGGCAAGUUGCCCCAACUUGAGGCCCUUCAACUAUUUGACGCCGGCAUUGGCAAGGAGUGGGAAGUAGUUGAGGAAGGAUUUCCUCAGUUAAAAUUUUUGCAACUGAAAUUUUUGGAAAUUCGAUUCAAUAUGACAUUGAAGAAAACUACGGAGGUUCUAUUGAGAUCAGUAUCAGUUAGACAUGUACAGAGUAACAUCUACUUUGGCAACAGUGCUCAAACUCAUAUACUUAUAGAGAAAUGCAAUGGAUUCAAAGUGGAUAGUGUAAUGAUUGAAUCUCCAGGAAAUAGUCCAAAUACUGAUGGAAUUCACAUUCAGUCUUCUCAAUAUGUGGCCAUUACCAAUUCUAAAAUCAGCACUGGGGAUGAUUGCAUUUCAAUUGGAGAUUAUUCUUCUAAUGUCCAAAGAUACAACAUUCAAUGUGGACCAGGUCAUGGUAUAAGGUUGUCUUCUCAUCGGUGUUUUGCGUUUCUGCAACCCACUGGUCUGACUAAUCCAGAUAUCUACAGGUUUUUAUCUUCUAAAUCUGUAGGGAAAGGUGGUAAUUUUGCUCAAGUAGAGAACAUUCAUGUGAGCAAUGCUUUCUUCUAUGGAACUACAAAUGGAGCUCGCAUCAAGACAUGGCAGGUUGGCAGAGGAUAUGUACGAGAUGUCAUAUUUGAGAAUCUUGAAUUUAACUCAGUCAAGAAUCCCAUUAUAAUUGACCAGAAUUAUUGUGAUGUUCGAGGAGCUUGUAAGGAAAUGGUAAUUGGAGUGCAAAUCAGCAAUGUUAUUUACCAGAAUAUAUUUGGAACACCGAGCACAGCUAUCGCCAUAAAGCUGAACCGCAGUAUGUCAGUGCCAUGUAUUGAUAUAACAAUGCAACUAAUACAACUAACAUCAGCGACAGCAGGAACAGCGACACCACUGCUUACUGUAGGAAUGUUGAUGGCCAAGAAUAUAGUAUUGAACCUGGUCCUUGUAUCUCAGAAUAUUGAGAUUUUUACUCUUUCUCAACACCUACAUGAUAGUGCUAACACCAACAGGCAACAAUUCUUUGUUGUGUGCAUAACCAGAAAAGGAAAGGAAAAGACCAACAAAAUGAAACAAACUUGUCAGUGUUGUAGCACAGUAUUGUUGUACAUUCAAAUUUUUGUUUUGGCCUUGAUUUAAGGUUUAAGUUAUGUACUGCUAAUUUUCUAUGUAGUACCAUAGUUGAUGUUGGAUGGGUAACCUCGAAUUUGCAUGGCGAUGACACUGUCCAACAAAAAAGUAUUCAAAUUUUGGCCGGCAUAGUCUGUUGCGGAAGCCAAAUAUA